ACUUCUUUUCACAAGCAACACUCCGCUGCGACGCUGCGUACAAAGCAAGUCCCACUGUUCGUACUCCUUUUUACCACUUCCCACUAAGCAGCAGCGAAGAGACUAUCAGAGCUAAACAGCUUCUCUCUCUAGUGGACGCUUUCUCUCUCUAGCAGACUAAAGAAGAAAUUUCAGAUGGGAGAAGGUAAAGGCUCAACGCUGGUUCACCUUCUGGUGGUGGUUCUGUGCCUUGUUGCCUUUGGAUUCGCCAUUGCUGCCGAGAGACGAAGAAGCAUUGGCCGCGUUGAGAAAGAUCCUGUAAAUGCUAAUGUUACUUAUUGUGUCUACAACUCUGAUGUGGCAACUGGUUAUGGAGUGGGUGCUUUCUUAUUUCUUCUCUCGAGUGAAUCACUGCUAAUGGGUGUAACAAAGUGCAUGUGUUUUGGAAGACCAUUAGCUCCAGGUGGAAAUCGAGCAUGGUCUAUAAUAUAUUUUGUCUCAUCAUGGUUGACUUUUCUGGUUGCAGAAGCAUGUCUACUUGCAGGUGCAACAAAAAAUGCAUACCACACCAAGUACAGGGGAAUGAUAUAUGCUCAAAAUUUCUCAUGUGAAACAUUGCGUAAGGGUGUUUUUGUUGCUGGAGCUGUGUUUGUAGUUGCAACAAUGAUUCUUAAUGUAUACUACUACAUGUAUUUCUCCAAGGCUACUGCCCCUCAGGCAGCCAGCAAGGCAAAUCGUACUAGUUCGAAUGUCGGGAUGGCUGGGUAUGCAUAGAAUUAUCUAAUGGGGCCAGAUAACUUAAAGUUUUGCUUCUUGAUAUUUUGAGCCUCGGGUGGUGAUUGUAUUAUGAAGUUGUUAUAUAUAGUGCUUUUAUGAUUUUUAUGAAUGCUUUUAUCUUUGAUAGCAAAAUGAAUACAAAUUGUUCCCUAUUUCAAGCAGGAUGAAACUAA